AAAACCAAAAUAAAUAGGGCCUGAACUCGAAGCAGAAUUUGCCUUCAUUUCUCUCUUUUCUUUCUUUCUUUCUCUUCAGUCCUUCUCUCCCAUCUUAAAACUUUACAUAAGAAAACUCGAAAAAACACACACUCACACACUAAGUCCCUACUCCCCCCCAUAAGCUACUGCUUAUAGCUAGCUUUCUCCCCUUCUUUUUUCCUCAUAAUCUCUCUUCCACAAAUCCCUAUCUCUUCCCCUGUUUAACCAAUUUUGUUUAAUCAAAAAGUUUUUAUAUGUGCAAAAAUGCAACUCCCUGGUGAUUCACAAUCUUCAAAAGAAGAACACCACCACCAUCAUCAUCAUUUGUCUUCAACAAUGUCUUCUUCUUCUUCCUUUCCCAUAACCCUCAAGUUCAUGGACAUAAGUUAUAGUGUCAAGUUGGAAAGAUCGGACGGAUUUAAUGGUGGGACAUUAAUGAAGAAGCUGUUUAACAGUAGUGCAGCCAGUAAGGGGCCCACUACUUCACCGGACGUUGAAAAUUCAACCGGCGCCGAAGUUCGCACAAUCUUAAACGGGAUCACCGGGAUGGUUUCUCCCGGCGAAAUCCUCGCCGUACUCGGCCCGUCCGGCAGCGGGAAAUCAACCCUUUUAAAUGCAAUCGCCGGAAGGUUACCGCACGGCCAAGGAAUGACCGGGACAGUGCUCGCCAACAACCGGAAACUAAGCAAACAGAUUCUCCGGCGAACCGGGUUCGUCUCCCAGGACGACAUCCUUUACCCGCACUUAACCGUCCGGGAAACGCUGGUGUUCUGUUCCCUCCUAAGGCUCCCGAGAUCACUGACCCGAAAGGAAAAAAUCGCCGUCGCCGACUCGGUGAUCAGCGAGUUGGGCUUAUCGAAAUGCGAGAACACGGUGAUCGGAAACUCGUUCGUCCGGGGAGUCUCCGGCGGGGAAAGGAAGAGGGUCAGCAUAGCACACGAGAUGCUGGUGAACCCGAGUUUAUUGAUCCUGGACGAACCGACUUCCGGGUUGGACGCCACGGCGGCGUUCCGGCUGGUUUCGACGCUGGUUGGGCUAGCCGGGAAAGGGAAGACGAUCGUGACGUCGGUUCACCAGCCGUCGAGCCGGGUUUUCCAGAUGUUCGAUUCGGUUCUGGUUUUGUGUGAAGGGAGGAGUAUCUAUUUUGGGAAAGGGAAUGAGGCAAUGGGUUAUUUCGAGUCGGUUGGAUUUUCGCCUUCUUUUCCCAUGAAUCCUGCUGAUUUCCUGCUUGAUCUCGCUAACGGGGUUUGCCAUCUUGGUAAUAAUGAGAAAGAGAGGCCUAAUGUAAAGCAUACACUUCUAUCAUCCUAUAACAGAUUAUUGGCUCCAAGAGUAAAAGCUGCUUGUCUUGAUACAUCGACAACUACGGUAGCUUCAAGGGAAUCGACGGUAGGGUUUCAUGGCGGCAGCGGGCGAGCGAAAGAUCAUCAGCAACAUUACAGAAUCAGCUGGAAAAAUAGAGUUUCGAGCUGGUUGAAUCAGUUCAGUGUCCUCUUAGAAAGAAGCUUAAAAGAGAGAAAGCAUGAAACCUUCAACUCUUUGAGAGUGUUUCAAGUGAUCGCAGCCUCAUUGUUAGCCGGUUCCAUGUGGUGGCAUUCCGAUUAUCGCGAUGUUCAGGAUCGCCUAGGGCUUCUCUUCUUCAUCGCCAUCUUUUGGGGAGUCCUGCCGUCAUUCAACGCGACGUUCGCGUUCCCUCAAGAACGCGCCAUCUUCAUGAAGGAAAGAGCUUCCGGGAUGUACACGUUGUCGUCGUAUUUUAUGUCGCGAAUCGUUGGAGACAUGCCGAUGGAGCUCAUCCUUCCGACCAUCUUCCUCACCAUCACUUAUUGGAUGGCGGGGCUAAAACCUGAGCUCGGCGCGUUCGUUUUAACCCUAAUUGUCGUGCUGGGGUAUGUCUUCGUGUCGCAGGGGCUCGGCCUCGCGCUGGGUGCCCUCAUCAUGGACGCGAAACAGGCGUCUACCGUGGUAACAGUGACUAUGCUGGCGUACGUCUUGACGGGAGGGUUCUACGUGCACAAAGUGCCGUCUUGCAUGGCUUGGAUCAAGUACAUUUCCUCAACAUUUUACUCAUAUAGGCUCCUAAUCAACGUUCAAUAUGGUGAAGGCAAAGAGAUUUCAUCAUUGAUGGGUUGCUCACCACAUGGAGAUGAUGAGAGGGCAACUUGCAAGUUCAUUGAUGAGGACAUUGGAGGCCAACUUCACCCUUUGAUGAGUGCCACAAUUUUGCUCAUUAUGUUUGUUGGGUAUAGAUUGAUGGCUUAUCUUGCCCUUAGGUUUAUGAGAUCCUAGCAGAAAAGGAGCGGGAGAAGAGAGAUCAUUUGAUUGUGAAUUGAGGGCUUCAUAAUCCUAACAAUAUUGGGGGGUAGAUUAAUUGCUGUUUUACUGACAAAUUAAUUUUAUUGAGGCUUUGGAGGAACUCUUUGGAAAGGAGAGAAAAAAAUGUGGCAGGUGACAAAAGUGUAAAUAAUUGGAGAGAUGUAAGAUGUCCUCUUCUUCUUAAUUUAUAGGCAAAGAAAGAUCGUCAAAUGAAAUGAUAAUUUGAUAAUUACACCAUUCAUCAAAGUUCUUCGUUUACCAUGUUUUUGAAAUUGUUCGGGAAAAUAUCGGACAUAAUUGAUUAAGCGGUUAUGCCUUAUAGCAUUUUAUA